UGGUUGUGGAAGACUGGCUGUGAAGAGAUUCUAGGGUGGCAGAGGGUUGUGUCCCACUUACAUGACCCUAUCUCUGCCAGCUUGGCAUCCAGGUUCUGCAAUCAGGGCACAAGGAGUGGUACCUGGAGCCUGUGACCUCCCCCCAUGUUGCAGGCCUGCCAUUUGAGGCAAUCUGUCUAUAUCUGCAGGGAUAAACACAGAAUGUGAGUGGUGGAUCUGUUCAACUGAAUGCUCUAUCCAGUCAGCAGGAGCGAUAUUAAUAUUGCAGCAAAUAUGGUGACUAAGAUUGAUUCAGAAUCUGCAGCUUUGACACAAGACAUGGAAGUAGUAAGGAGGGAAUCUUACGAUGAGACAGGAUGCACUGUGACACAGGAUGUUUGCAAGUCUCCGAACCAGCCAGAAUCUAAGCAGGACAAACCAUCUCAUGGACCCAUAAAAAAGAAAUCUCACCCAGGAGCAUCUGAAGGGCGUUUUCGUAAAUCUUCCAAUGGCAACACAAUUAAUCCAGAUCGACUGAAACAAGCAAAACUCUUAGUGGAAAAGGCUAUUAAGCAAAAAAAAAUCUUCACUAUCCAUGGGCCGUACCCAGUGAUCCGCAGAUGUUUACGUAGCAGAGGUUGGGUGGAAAGGAAAAUCCCCAAGAUUUCAAAUGCCUCUCAGAAAAAGGAAAAAGCAUCUGAUGAAGACUUAGACGAAGAUGAUGGAAUAGGAAGUGGCCAUGAUGAGGAAGAUGAGGAAGGUAAUGAAGAUGAUGAGACAGACGAUGAUUCAGACGAUACCUAUAACCUCAUGUCAAGACUUGUCCGCAAUGAAAUCCCCUACUUCAUAUGGACCACGAGAAGGGAUUCGGUAGACUGUCGUUUUUUGAAAAAGGACCAAAUGAUGAACCAUUAUGCCAAGGCUGGAUCCUUCACAACUAAAGUGGGGUUAUGCGUCAAUUUAAGAAACCUUCCCUGGUUUGAUGAUGUAGACUCAGACACAUUUUUUCCUCGUUGCUACAGGCUUGGAGCUGAAGAUGAGAAGAGGGCAUUUAUUGAAGACUUUUGGCUUACUGCUGCACGGAGUAUUCUGAAGUUGGUGGCAAGAUGGGACACAAAGUCUUCGUCCAUUGAAGAAACAAGACCUGAUUGCAACCUUAAUACAAGUAGGAAAUCAGCCCAAAAACAUGGAGGCACAGUACCAACUUGGGUUAUAACGACUGCUCUGCAGGCCUGUGAAUCGUUCCUUAACAGCUUGGAACACAGUGAUAUUGACAAUGAUCUAACAUCAACUUCCACCAUGACAGAUUCAUCAUGGGAGAAAUUCCUGCACUGUUACUAUCAGGUUAUCCACGAUGGUGCAACCAUUGACCAGUCAGAGUGCUAUGUCAAUCAGUGCAAUGAUAUACUGAAUAAAUUAGAAGCAGUGAAUCCACAAUUGGAUAUUGAAGGAAACAGGAACAUUUGGAUUGUUAAACCCGGAGCUAAAUCUCGUGGCAGAGGUAUAAUCUGCAUGGAUCGCUUGGAAGAAAUUGUAAAGUUAGUGAACUGCGAUCCGGUCAUUGUCAAAGAUGGAAAAUGGGUGGUUCAGAAAUACAUUGAGCGACCCCUGCUCAUUUAUGGCACCAAGUUCGACAUUCGCCAGUGGUUCUUGGUUACGGACUGGAACCCUUUAACUAUCUGGUUUUAUCGUGAAUGCUACUUAAGAUUCUCAUCGCAGCCAUUCUCAUUGGAAAGUCUAGACACCUCUAUUCAUUUAUGCAACAAUUCUGUACAAAAGUAUUUUGAGAACUCUCAGGCACGUCACUCGCAGGUGCCAGCUGACAACAUGUGGUCGAGUGAUGAGUUCCAGGUGCAUCUACAGAAAAUAGGAGCAGGCAAUGCUUGGGCAGAGGUGAUUGUGCCCGGAAUGAAGGCAGCCAUUAUCCACGCCAUGCAGAGCACCCAAGAUGUGGUUGAAUUCCGGAAGAGCAGUUUUGAGUUAUAUGGAGCAGAUUUCAUGUUCGGGGAAAACUUUCAGCCGUGGUUGAUAGAGAUUAAUGCCAGCCCGACUAUGGUGCAAUCGACGGCUGUGACAAGCAGACUCUGCGCUGGUGUGCAGGAGGACACAUUGCGCAUUGUAAUAGAUCGCAAGCACGAUCGAAAUUGUGACGUGGGCUCCUUUGAUCUUAUUUAUAAGCAGGCUGCCGUAGAUGUCCCUCAGUAUAUUGGUAUAAACCUGUUAGUGGAAGGAUCCACUGUUAAAAAGCCCCGACCACCAAGACGUCGUAAUAGUAUUAUCAAUAUAGAGAUCCAUCUUCAAGCCAACCAGAGGUCAGUUUCUACUGUCCAAGCAAAAGGUUCACCAGCUGAUAUACAACUGAAGAAUGUAGUUACAUCUGGGACCACUUCAACAUCAAAGUCAAUCAGCAAAAGAAGCUUGCAUACUCUAAAUAGGCCAAAGACCACGGCAGCAGGGAAAGAAAAUAAAGCCACGGCGGACAAAGUUGGCUCUGAAUGUACGGAGGUUUUAAGACUACCUAAGAGUUUUGCAAUAGAGCUCAGGGCUGAAAAGUCAUUGAGUCAUGGCAUUAAGUUACUGAAGAGCGGCGUAACUAGUGUGCCACAAAGCUUAUUCACAGCUCCAAAACUAUCCCGGUCAGAGAAGCCUCCAACUCGUAAACACUCAACAAGACUGCGGCAAGGACAGAGCUUAGAUUUCAAAGUCACCAGCCUUGACUUGGGAGAAUUACAUAUGCUCAAGAAAGCGACAAGAACAGGUUUCCUUGACCCUUGCAAAAUGCCUUGCGUGUUCUGCAAAGGACCAACUCCACUGACAAGCCUCCAUGCUAUAUGCAAUUGUUACAAAAGCAGCAGACAGCCUGCAAAAGCCAUUCGUUUACAGAUGUCUAAAGGAACCACUCUCAGCAAGUUUCAUGGACUUAAUUCGCUCUCAGCACAGGGUACAGCAAUGUUUGCAAACCUGCUGAUCUGAACUUCAGCAAAGGUUUGUAGAACCCCAACCAAAACAAGUCUACGUGCGAUAUUAGACUGGUGUUCUCUCCACUAUGCAAAUCAAUAAACUGCAUUGGGACAGUUUUGUGAAGGGUCAAUGUUCUUUCUUUUUAUGUUUUUCAAGUUUCUAUCAAUUCCUGAUGAAUCCCAGAAAGUGUAAAUCACUUAACUAAGAAUUCCAGUCCAGCUACUUUACCUAAAACUUAGAAGAAUACUGCAGUUUAGUGAGUAACCCUGAGCUGUAUGUUACUAAUUAGAAGUUUCCUUUAGCAGAGAAAAACAUUAAACAUACUUAGAUCAGUCUUCCAGUUGCUGAAUAAUUGCACCAAGGUAAUCUUUUCUGUUUGAGAGAAGAUGUAAUUGAUACAUUUGAAGUUAUGGUAGAACCUUAAAUGGACACUCCAGGCACCCCAACCACUUCUACCCAUUGGAGUGGACUGGGUGCCAACUCCCACUACCCUUAACCCUGCAACUGUAAAUAUUGCAGUUUUCAUAAACUGUAAUAUUUACAUUGCAGGGUUAACUCCUCCUCUAGUGGCUGUCUACUAGACAGCCACUAGAGGGCCCU